AUGUCCCUGGUGCCGAACCGAGUCAACGAUCGUGUGCGCCACACAGAUCAAUAUGAACCAAUGUUUAUCAGGCAGGCAGUCCACCGUAGGUAUAGCGGCUAUGCUUUCUCAAGUUCCCUCAGCAAAGCUGGAUUUCUCCGUACCCAAAGAAGACCGCUGUCUAGACUUUGGCUGGGCAUCACUCGUCUUGCCCUGCGGAACGAAUCUCUCGAGCUCGAGGCACAAUGGCAAUCAGACUUCCAGCGUGCGAGGCCACCUUUGCACAAUGUUCCCAAGGAACCGCAAAUCAUGGAAAAUACCGCACCAGCCACGCCGCUGUAG